ACUCGGUAGACAUGCCACCCUCUCCUCCUUUUGGAUUGCACUCUGAAGGAGCUUGAGAACCUCAAGGAGAUCGCUCUACUCCCAGAAGAUGCUAUGAAGCAUGUCAUAAAUUUCUUCAGCUUUUAGCUCAGGAGCGAUCAUGUUGACCCGACUGUUUACCGAGACCGGCCUCAUUCCAGAAGUGCAGAAAUUCGCCAGCUGGUCCGAUGAGUGCGGAGACGACAUGAGUGACAAGGAGGACAGGGACGAGAAGAGCCUGCAGGACGCACACACCGAGGGCUCCCUGAGCGAGAGCAAGGAUGAGGGGGAUGUUGGAGGAGAGGAGGAUGAGGAGGAAGAGGAGGAAGAAGGGGCAGACGAGACAGAGGGGGAAAGGCCCAAAAAACGAGGGCCCAAGAAGAGGAAGAUGACCAAGGCCAGGCUAGAGAGGUCCAAGGUAAGGAGGCAGAAAGCUAAUGCCAGAGAGAGGAACCGUAUGCACGACCUGAACUCUGCUUUGGACAACCUAAGGAAGGUGGUCCCCUGUUACUCCAAGACCCAGAAGCUCUCCAAGAUUGAGACUCUCAGACUCGCCAAGAACUACAUUUGGGCUCUUUCUGAGAUCCUGAGGUCAGGCAAACGACCAGACCUGGUAUCCUACGUUCAGACCCUCUGCAAGGGACUGUCCCAGCCCACCACCAACCUGGUGGCCGGCUGUUUGCAGCUGAACUCCAGGAAUUUCCUCACUGAGCAAGGGCAAGAGGGUGGAAGGUACCACGGGCCAAACUCUUCCUUCGCCAUGCACCCUUACACUUACCCGUGCUCCAGGCUCUCAGGCUCCCAGUGCCAGUCCAGCACUAUAGCCAGCUCCCACCCCCUGAGAAGCCAUGGCUACUGUGCCACCUACGAGUCCCUGUAUGGGAACGCAUCUCCGGACUACAAUAGCUCUGAGUAUGAUGCCCCUUUAAGCCCACCACUGUGCAUUAACGGCAACUUCUCUCUGAAACAGGACUCUUCUCCCGACCACGACAAAAAUUACCACUACUCUAUGCACUACUCCUCCCUGCCCUCCUCCAGGCCCUCAGGACACAGUCUGCUCUUUGGCUCCUCUGGUAUGCGCAGUGGGGUCCACUCCGAGAACCUGUUGCCUUACGAUAUGCACGUCCAUCACGAAAGGGCCCCCAUGUAUGAGGAACUCAAUGCAUUUUUCCAUAACUGACCCUCCCAUUUCCAUUUUCCACGCGUGACUGUCCAGUGUGUACCAGGAAAUGUUAAAAGGGUCAGACGGGCCUAGGGGACAACCUUGGGAGCAAACCUUGGGAGUUUUUGGGCGACCCUUGUAUUCAACAACUAAGUUAUAAAAGGUGGCCCUGUGAUCUUAUACAGGAGUGUGGUACAGAGGGCCACGCAGUCCUUUAAACCAGAAUUGAUCAGGUGGGCUUUUUGUCUUUAACAAAGAGCUGUGUUGGAUGAACGUAACAUCAUACAACAUACAACAUUGACGGUCUAAU